UUCCUGUGCUCUCUGUAGCUGCUGCCCGGUGCUGUGCUGAGGAAAAGCAGCGUUGGGAAGGCGAGUGCUGACCUGAGGAGAAGUGGUGGGAAGGCCGCUAUCCCUUGCCUACAGGGUGUCAGGGCGAGGGUCACCACAGGGCCUGCUGAGCUUCCCUGUGCCAGUCACCAUGGAGACCUUAUCCCAGGACUCUCUGCUGGAGUGCCAGAUUUGCUUCAACUACUACAGCCCCCGCCGACGGCCCAAGCUGCUGGACUGCAAGCACACCUGCUGCUCCGUGUGCCUGCAGCAGAUGAGGACCAGCCAGAAGGACCUGCGCUGCCCCUGGUGCCGUGGGAUCACCAAGCUGCCUCCGGGCUACUCCGUCUCACAGCUGCCCGAUGACCCCGAGGUGAUCGCCGUCAUCGCGAUCCCCCACACCUCGGAGCACACCCCUGUCUUCAUCAAACUCCCCAGCAAUGGGUGCUACAUGCUGCCCUUGCCUCUCUCCAAGGAGCGGGCGCUGCUGCCGGGAGACAUUGGCUGCCGUCUCCUGCCCGGCAGCCAGCAGAAGUCCCUGACGGUGGUGACGAUCCCCGCAGAGCAGCAGCCGCUGCAGGGCGGCCUUCCCGCCGAGGCGGGGGCGGAGGAGCCGGACCGGAGAGGCGCUGUGAAAAGCUCCACCUGGUCAGGGGUGUGCACUGUGAUCCUGGUGGCCUGCGUCCUGGUCUUCCUCCUGGGCAUCGUCCUCCACAACAUGUCGUGCAUUUCCAAGCGCUUCACGGUGAUCUCCUGCGGCUGAGGCGGCAGGGGCUGCGCUCCCCCGGGGGUCAGGUUGGGUCGGUGGUGGUGGCAUUGAGCGAGACAAUUCCGUGCAGCUUUCCCCAGUGACUGCAGGACGCUGUGCAGCGGGGCAGCGGUGCCCGCCUGGCUGCGGCCCCCGCAGGGGUGGCAUCAGGCCUCUCGGCAGCCUGCGGAGAAAAUCACGUCCCGUGUCUGGCGGCAGUGGCACUGAGGAGGACUGCAUGUGUCACCGCAACCAUUUAUCAAAGGGACUGCAACUUCACAGUGAUCUUUUUUUAUUGUAUUAUGAGAUUAAAGACCUCUGUGUAGCUGGUUAUACUGUGAAGCAUACAGUACGGGCUCUUCUUUAAACACGGUAUAUUAAAAUCCAAACUGCUCCACGUAGAAUGAAAUGAGAACUGGCGCACAACUCUACGAGGUGUUCAA